UCUCUGCACAGCUGUUCAGCACCCAGGGCCAACCUGUAACUUUCAUUCACCAGGUUUUAGGGUGUCGUAUUUGCACCAGGCGUCGCGUCUCAGCUCAUUCUGGUGUACCUUUAACUGCCGGCCUCCAUCGAGAACCCGGGAGUGGCUUUUGGCGACCUCAGGGUGCGCCCUGAGCUGCGCCCUGAGCUGCGCAACGAUCGAGGAUAUAAGAUGACGGCGCGAGUCAGACCCGGGUACUACCGCCAAGAUGUCAACAAAACCUCCUGGGAAGUACCGGAGCGGUACCGGGACCUGAGGCAGGUGGGGACCGGAGCCUACGGGACGGUUUGCUCAGCAGUGGACUCCCGGACUGGAACGAAGGUGGCCAUCAAAAAGCUCUACAGACCUUUCCAGUCUGACAUCUUUGCAAAGCGCGCCUACAGAGAGCUGAGGCUCCUCAAACACAUGAAACACGAAAAUGUGAUCGGCCUGUUAGACGUGUUUACAGCCGAUCUCUCACUGGACAGAUUCCAUGAUUUCUAUCUGGUGAUGCCAUUCAUGGGUACGGAUCUUGGGAAGCUGAUGAAGGUGCAGAGGCUGUCAGAAGAAAAAAUCCAGUAUUUGGUUUACCAGAUGCUCAAAGGCCUUAAGUAUAUUCAUUCUGCAGGUAUAAUUCACAGGGACCUCAAACCAGGAAAUCUUGCCAUCAACCAAGACUGUGAGCUCAAGAUCUUGGACUUCGGCUUAGCUCGUCAGGCAGACAGCGAGAUGACGGGGUAUGUGGUGACUCGCUGGUACAGAGCCCCGGAGGUCAUCCUGAGCUGGAUGCGCUACACUCAGACCGUGGACAUCUGGUCAGUGGGCUGCAUCAUGGCGGAGAUGCUGCAAGGAAAGCCUCUCUUUAAAGGCUGCGACCACUUAGACCAGCUGACUGAGAUCAUGAAGCUCACAGGAACGCCGACUCAGGAAUUUGUUUCACAACUAGAUUCUGAAGAUGCCAGAAGCUACAUCAAAAGUCUCCCGAAAGUGGAGAAGAAAGACCUUCAUAAGGUGUUUGCCACGUCUAAUCCUCAAGCCGUAUCUGUGCUGGAGCGCAUGUUGUUGCUGGAUCCAGAGAAGCGGGUAACGGCUGCCGAGGCGCUGGCGCUGCCGUACUUCUCCGAGUUCAGAGAACCGGAGGAGGAGACGGAGGCCCAGCCGUACGACCACUCGUUAGACAACACAGAGCUGACCCUGGACCAGUGGAAACGUCACACCUUCACAGAGAUCCUGACCUUCAGGCCGGUUUUGGUGGACUCCAAGGAAACCUCACUGUAAGACGCACAAGAGUGGCCUGCAGCCAGAACAAACUGGGUCAUUAUGUUGAGCUGCACUGGGAAAAGUCUUCACCCAAAAGGCUGAAUGAACGUCCACUGACCCUUCUAACUGCGAGCGGCCGUGGAUUUCUCUGUUGUCAUUAAAUUCAGAUGGUCGUUUCCACAUAAUUUGGUUUGGUUUGGCUCUUCUCCAGUUCACAGAUAACGCAGCACUGAGGAGCUGCGAUCUUCCUCUAACGCUGUGGAUUAUAAGCUUUAAGCCUGAGCCGUCAUUUCAGAACUGAACUGUGUUGAAUUUGCCUUAUAGAGUCGAGUUUUAGUGCUUCAAAAGUAGACACACAGAUACAUGUUAAUACUUGACGUUUGUCAGAAUUUCAGUAGAUUUCACCGACUUGUAAAAAUGGUUUAUUUUACUAUUUAUAGUCUGAUCAUCAGCUUGUAAAAUGCAACUGAAUUGAGUCCAGAUCAUGUGAAUGACGAACUGAAAUCACAAUCUAAAUGGCUUUCUAAUUGAGUAUCAUACUUUAUAGCUAGUAUAUUCCUUAUGUCUAGCUGUUAGGUUAAUAAAUAAUGGAUGGAAUUCUGUGAAAUUUGCUACAAUAACUGAAAGCAGGCCCGUCAACUCUCACACGGUGAGCAUAAGACUCAUACUUGACCUUAACUGCAAGCUCUCAUUAGAAUAAGAUUAUAUGACUUGACUUGAACUUGACUCACAACACACAGAUGAGAGCUGUUUUCCUGAAAAUGUCUUAAUUCAGCAUUUACUGGCUACAAUUCUCCCAAGCUGUCAAACUUAGUUUUGCUUCAUGCUGAUUUUAUAGUUUUUAAUUUGUCCUUACAUAUGCCGUAUUGCCUAAAACAGUCUGUGCCAACACAAUUGGAUUUACCAAAAAAAAAAAAACAUUAACGCUACACUGCACUUAAAACUUCUUCUGAUUGUCAGAUGCAGCUGAAAUACAUCCCAAUCUGGAGAACGACAUAAUUUUCACAAUAGAAAUGCCUUCAUCUGUGCUGCUCUGCUGAGAGGUUUCAGGGAAUGACUCUGGUUGAGUUUGACUAGCAGGUAAACUGAAUUUGAAAUAUCGCUGAAAUGAUCUGGCGUCUCUGUCCUGCUCACGCUGAUGGAUGGCUUUGCAAAGCCCAUUUGUGAGAUAAUUUACCACUGAACUAAGUGUAAAAAAGCACCUCAGUGUCGUGUUCAUUGAAUUUUUGUGGUUUGUACUUUUAAAAGGAGAACAUCUGAAGAGUCACGUUCAAAAAUCUCGUCUCUUGACAUCUCAAUGUUAGAUUUCAUAAAUGUAUUCUGGAUUGCAAUCUGUGCAACCAUAGUCAAAAUAUUUAAAAUGUGGAUAGUAUACACAUGGCAGGUGUCAAAACAGUUUAAUAUGUGUUCAGUCGAGUUGUUAUGUUGAGUUAGUUUGAUAUUCCUCACGUAAGUAGCGUUACUUUCUCUGUCAGUGUGAUUUGGGCAUGAAUCUUUUUCAGUGUGAUUAUGGGUAAUCUGAGGUACAAAUCAAGACAUCUCAUACGAAUUCUCUAAGCUAUAAAAGUACAGUAACAACCAUAUUUGUUGUGGGACUAAUUUAAAGGAGCAGGUUAAAGGCAUCAGGCUGCAAAAACAACUGAAAUAACAAAGUAAUUGAUGGAACUGCAGUUCUAAUGGAUAAUAUUGUUAUUUUGUCCUGUCAUCCAAGUGUGUGUGUGUGUGAGAGAGAGAGAGAGAGAGAGAGAGAGCGUGUGUUUAGUCUAUAUGCGAGCGCUGACCUUGCUUUUCCUCCCCAGUGACCACUGUGAGAAAAAGCAAUAAUGACCAAACAGAAAAAGCCAGCACCGAGCUGCGGAUGGUUUGAAAUCCCUCGGCUGGCGAUGCACAAACAUUCACGUUUGAUUUAUGCUGUGUUUUGUGAAAUAAAAAAGUUGCAAAAGGCA